AUGGACACGGCUGUCCCGCUGGAAUCUGGUGCUGUGCAGCUGUCUCCAAGACUCCCUUUAGCCACCGGAGAUCCAGCAGAGCUGAUUGUGGAAGGCCUGUACCUUGGAAACAUCAGGGAUUCUGAAGACAAAGAGAACCUAGCAAAGCAUGGGAUCACACACAUCCUGUCUGUUCAUAACAAUACCAAGCCUGGGCUGGAAGACAUGACCUAUCUCUGCAUAUCUGCUUCAGACUCCUCUAAUCAAAACCUGAUGCAGCAUUUUAAGGAGUGCAUCAAAUUUGUUCACGAAUGUCGGCUGCGUGGAGGAAGUUGCUUAAUUCACUGUUUAGCUGGCGUUUCCCGUAGCACCACCCUCUUGGUGGCCUACCUGAUGACUGUGACCAACUUCGGCUGGGAGGAGUGCCUGGCGGCCAUCAAAACCAUCCGCUCUUACGUGAGCCCGAACUUUGGUUUCCAGCAGCAGCUGCAGGACUAUGAGAAGACUUUGCUCAAAGAGUACCGAGCUUGGAUCCGGCAGGAAUACGGCAAGAACCCGUUCAACGACCAAGAGGAGCUGCAGUGUUUACUCUCCCAGCAUGAAGAGAAAGCGAAAGAGAAGCAGAUCGGACGCAGAGAAACGAACUGGAUCAAUGCUCCCAGCCCCACCGGGCCUCUCUCACACAACGCCUUUGCGAGCAGCACCAGCAGCCGUUGA